AUAUGUAAGCCAAGUCAGCGAGCCUGACCACCCGAUCCGGUUAGUCGCCUCCUAAGACAAGAGUGGUUUGCUGAAGAUCAAUUCUAACCCUGAACUUCACUGGUCUCCAUUUUACAACUCCAGAUGACAAUCAGGAAUUAGGAUAUUAAGUCAUGUUUUACAUUUAAGAAAAUAUCAGGGAUGGUAGUUUAGAUCCUGAGGAUUAGUUGUUUUCCAAUAAUUUAUAUGUUAUAUUUUCCUCACCACUGUUUUCUGUUGAAAUGAAAACUGAAAGUAGUUUCCAUGGCAACAGUUUUUGACAUGGUUAGGCUUAGUUAGAAUGAUGUAGUGAGUAGAAUAUCCCUGAAUGUGAUAAGUGACAACCAGGGCUCCAGAUAUAGGCCGUAUCGGCGUAUGUACGGAUAAAAAAUACACACAAUACGGUAGGAAAAAAUAUAGCAGAUAUGCACCGCAGCAAUGGUGUACGGUCUUAGAAUCAUUUACAGACGUAUUUAUCUGAAAAAGUAUUGCUUUAUUGUUUAUUGACCUGUUUACACAAGACUAGCACUGUUGUGGUGCAUAUAUGAAACGAAACACAGGUUACUGACACGCCAUAAAAAUUCCAUUUAGUACUCUAAAUGUACUCUUAAGUUUUUCCAGUACUCCUAUAUUGAAAAAAUAAGGAAUACGUACUCCUGAUGUUGAAAAAUUAUCUGGAGCCCUGGACAACCAUACCGGUAUUCAACUGACAUUUUAUAAUAAUAUUACAUUAGUAUUCUAUGCUGCUCAUACCAACAAAUUCAUAACAGGAAAUGAAUGACAAUGGGACAGGAUCUUCACAUGACAUCAGUGAUCGUCAUGACAUCCGGGUUUAGAUGACUAGCACUCUGUUUGUCAUUGUUCUCUUGCUGACUAAGGAGGAUGUCAGAGAUGAUUUCUUUCCUGUUUUCUUAAAAAUCUAUUCUUCGCUGUUUGUAUUUCAAACUGUUGGUGUCCAUUGUUUUCUCACAUCAGGCCAGGAUAUUCAGCAUUUUCAAUGCAUGGAAGUGAGAAAUCUAAAAUGAACAUGACAGGGAUAUGCCUUCUUCUGUUUGCAGUCCUUCCAGGCAUCUGUGAAGGACGAGUAAACCUGACAGGGUCCUCCCUUACUGCAGUCGCUGGCCAACCAUUCGCUUUCACCUGCAGCAACGAUUUUCGAAUUACUAUUGACGUCUACUGGACUGCACAAUUACCAAACGGAACGUCUUCAUUCAGAGCGAGAUCAUACAUUGAUGAAACAUGUACAUAUGACUUCAACCCGACGGAUAUCUAUAACUUCACAUGUCCGCGAGACGGCCCAUUCACUCUGACAAUUCUUGACGUCGAUUACCGCAGACAUCAUAAUUCGAACUGGACAUGUUUUGCCGAGCCUCUUGGUGAGAGGAGCAACACGGUAGUCCUAGACGUCAAUGUGCCACUGAGGACAAUCAACUUGUUGACUUCCACAACACACGUUCUAAAUCUGACUGAAGGCGACACGAUGUUGUUGGUGUGUGAGACAAACCCGACCAAACCACCGUCCAACAUAACGUGGAUGAAGGACGACGACAGUAUAACAACUGGCGCCUCUUCAUCAACUCGUGAAGACGGAGGACUUACUGUAACUGCAGGUCGUCUAUCAAUGGAAGUCACAAGAGAGUUCCAUAUGAAGAGAAUUUAUUGUGUUGGAUCCUACAAAGAAACCAACCUGAGAACGAACACGAUUCUCCUUCACGUUGAUGUACCUCUGGUGGAAAUAAGUAUUAUCAACUCAACAAACCUUCCCCUAUCUAUGACGGAGAAUGAAGACGUCACGCUUGUGUGUGAGACCAAUCCGACACUACCGCUGUCCACCAUCAUCUGGACGAAAGGAAAUCAGACACUUACAGAGGAUGUGACAUCAACAUCACGUGCUAGCGAUGGUGCGGUUGUCGCAGUCAGCAUGGCGACAUUCACUCCCUCUUGUGAUGAUCAUCUUUCCCGGAUCCAGUGUUCUGGCUUCUACAAAAGUACUCGGAUAGCAUCUAAAUCUCAGACCCUGUUUGUUCACUGUAUCUCGAAGGACGAAACCUCAGGGCCAACGUUCAGUGCUGGUGUUGGCGUUGGGAUGACAAUAUGCCUGGUUCCCCUUCUCGUAGCAGCUGCUGUGUACAUCUUAUGGUGGAAAAGACGCCACACAAUGAAGGAUAAGACAGAGCCACCUGAAUCGACAGAUAGUGCAGCUGCACCCCAGUCUGAUGACGGACACAACAUAAAUAUGUACGAGAGCAUGGACGACAACGCAAGAGAAAGAAAUGACACAGCCUAUGAGGAGUUACAUAUGCAGGUCUAUGAAAACACUGUCUUUGAGCCGACAGGUUCUCUUGAGGACCAUGUUAUUGACGAAGAUGUCUGAUAACUUCUGUUGCUUUAUAUAUCAUAUAUGAUUCUUGUGUCCUCUGCGAUAUUGAUACCGUAUCGAAGUGUUCACUUCCAAGUGACAAAUUGGAUUUUUGUCCGCUUUCAUUGCAUGUGACUGAAGGUCUAAUAAGCUC